GCCAGCCGUCAUGAGCAGAAUCCGGCCGAUAAAGCCAGAGGAAUCCAGGCCGCAGUCUCCUUCCAAAUCCCGCAAGUCGCCCAGGAUGCCCAAAUGUUCCCGCUGCAGGAACCACGGCUUCUUCUCUGCCCUGAAGGGCCACAAGCGCUUCUGCAACUGGAGGGACUGCCAGUGCGCCAAAUGCAACCUGAUUGCCCAAAGACAGCGCGUCAUGGCGGCGCAGGUUGCUCUGAGGAGGCAGCAGGCCCAGGAGGAGGAGCUGGGCAUCAGUGCCCCCGUCAAUCUGUCCGGCCCCGAUGUGAUGGUGAAAAACGAAGCCGCUGCCGACUGCCUCUUCUCUGUGGAGGGCCGAUCCAGUCCAUCCACCAACUUCAGCCACUCAUCCCUCGCUGUGUCAGGAAGUCGCUCUUCAGCGUCCUCCAGUCCCUCCUCUUCCUCUGUUAGGCCUCAUGCUGAGGGAACUUCUGACCUUCUGCUGGAAACCUCCUAUUACAACUUCUACCAGCAGUCACGCUACCCCCCCUACUAUACCAAUCUGUACAACUACCCACAGUACCAGGUGGAUGGUGAUAAAAUAAGGUGGCAAAGAGCUUCCAGACAGAAGAUGGUGCCAGAUAAGAAGACAGGCACUGUCAGGGCGAUGCCCCAUGGGGAUGGCCGCCUCCCGAGCCACGGCGUGUCCUCCCAGUACCGGAUGCACUCUUAUUACCCCGGGGCCACCUACCUGACCCAGAAUCUGGGCUCCACCACCUGCGUGCCACCCUUCGUCAGCCUGGAGGAGAACAACAGCUGCUCUGAGACCAUGGCAGGCUUACUCUACCCACCUGGGUCGUUUUCACCCACCAGCUACGACUCGACCAUGACCUGCCGCUCCAUGAGCGCUCUGGUUCUAAACGAUGACAAGGCCGAGUGCGAGGCUGGCGGCCAGGCGGCCAGCUUCACCGUCAACACCAUCAGCGGCGACACCAGCAACUAAAACACUAGAAGAAGAAGAAGAAGAAUGCCACGAUAAGUUCUCGCCUGAACUGAAAACUGUUCAGCUGUUACAGCAGAUUUUUGUUCCUGAUUUCUGUUCUGCUCUGAGUCUCUGUUCGUAACUGAAGGGAGUUAAUCAUCCAAAAACUGCCUUUAUUUUUUAUGAUUCCUAAUUAGAAAAAAAAAAAUCAAGACUAAAUUAGAUUACACAAAAUAAAAU